AUGUGGAGAUGCUGCGUGUUCGCGCUCUUAACGGUUCGGUCCGCUGGUUCAAGCGUCGUCCAGACUAAAGUCGGUCUGAUCAGGGGAGUGUUGGCUGAUGACGGGGACUACUCCAUGUACCUUGGAAUCCCUUACGCUGAUGUUAACGAGACCACGCCUUUUGCCGAUUCCACCCCUCAUCCACCCUUCCAGGGAAUUUAUGAUGCUAGCAAUGACUCAGCCAAGUGCCCACAGAGAGACAACUUCAGCCAAAACAUCGAGGGGACUCUAGACUGCUUACGCCUACAUGUGUACGUUCCUAACAUCCAGAAUAACCGGACUCUGCCAGUCCUAGUUUGGAUACACGGGGGUGUCUUCAAACGAGAAAAUGGCGGAAGAUUUGUUUACGGUCCGAAGUUCCUGGUAAAACACGGUGUAAUAUUAGUCUCUCUUAACUACAGACUCGGUCCCUACGGGUUUUUAUGCCUGGGUACUCCGGAGGCGCCGGGGAACCAGGGUUUAAAGGAUCAGCUACUCGCAUUGAGAUGGAUCAAGAGGAAUAUCCAAGCCUUCGGCGGGGACCCAGAUAGAAUAACAGUGAUGGGUGAAAGUGCCGGAGCCAUAUCGGUGGAACUUCACAUUUUAUCCAAAUUCGAGAAGCUUUUUGACGCAGCCAUCAUACAGAGUGGCUCCGUCAACGCACCCGGUGCGAUCACAACAGUAGAAGCGAACGUAGAAAAAGCCCUUAAAUUGAGUGAGAAACUGGGAUACGAGAGAAACAAUCUUGAUGAUAUAAUUAAGUUUCUCGCGAAGAUGAAUCCACUGGAACUUAUCGACGUUUCCCUAAAAUUGAACACGAAAUACAUACCUUGUAUUGAGAGAAAUUUAACAACAGCAUUUAUUACCGAGCAUCCCAAGGAUUCGCAGAUUUCCCCGGACAAAGUCGUCCCGAUUCUCGGAGGUUUCAACAGCAAAGAGGAGCUCGUGACGUAUACAGACCAACCGCAAACAUUCCUCACCGAAAGAUUCUUCCGAAACUUCCUCGAAUUAUCGUUUGAAGUAAACGACGAAAUGGUGGAAACCGUUCACAAAUUCUACUUGGGCGAGGCGGAAAUUUCAGAGGCUGUGAAAUCUAAUCUUAUCGACUUUUUAUCAGACUUCAAAAGUUGCUAUCAUGUGCAGAACAGUCUUCUUAACUUUUUAAAUAAUGGUGCAGAUGUGUAUCAAUAUUUAUUUUCGUAUAACGGCACAAGGAACUACCUAAAGAAUAUAUCGAACGUGACGGAUUACGGCGCGGCGCACGCUGACGAGAUAGGCUACAUAUUCGAUCUAUCGUACGACAAGCAUGCGACGGAGGACGAUCAGUUGAUGAUAGACAGGAUUACUACGCUUUGGACUAACUUUGUAAAAUACAGGAAACCAGUGCCCAAACCUUCGGAUUUGAUCCCUGUUGAUUGGGUGCCGUUGUCUGAACCGGAGCGCUUCUAUCUCGACAUGGACGUGGACUUGGCGCUGAAAACAAAACCUUUCGAAACAAGAUUGGCGUUUUGGGACUCGUUUUUCGAAAUAUACGAGGAUAGAGAGUUAUUUUAA